AAGUGACAAAAUUAGAGACCACAGGGCGAAAAGCGUGGUUUGUGCCUAAACCGUUUAUUCAACUCAGCUCUCACCUAGGCAGAAAACUUUUAGCUGUACUACUACUCUAUCACUGUGUCUGUGUCGACACUGGAAAAGCUCCGUCCGGCGGAGAUGGUGAGGUCUUUUAUCGUCCCGCCUUUGCGUCGCGUCCCAUAUUAGUUCUGUACACUCAUAUUUGUGGUCGGAGUUUCCUUAGCCGCACAUAUAGAACCUUACCGCUCAUAGGGUUAGAGAUUAUCGUCCGCCGUAACAUCUCGAAUCCACUUUGGGGACACGUGAUAGGCAGCCGGAUGAGCUUCUUCUCACUGGUUACAACUGUAUAUUAGGCUGUGGAUCUUUUUACAGAGGGGAGAUAUUUGAUUGUUCUUCUGCAGUGGUCGUGUCAGCUUGUAGACGGCAAAAAUGAACAUCCCCCAAAGUCAUAUUUCUCCGGCAGAAACCCCACAAGAUUUGGGAAUUGAGGCAACGGCGAAUAGACCUCCAGAAACCAUUGAAAGCACGGGGAGUUUCUCCAUCACAUCCCCAUCCCCGGAGGAAAAGAUGCUCCGGCUAACAAAGAUGUUGGCGAGUGAUGAGAUUGUUUCUUCAAAUGGGAAGCUAGCAAACGCUAAAUGGCCUCCCGAAAAUGAGCGUGAAUUUUUAAAUCUUUUGUUCGACAAAUUUAUGAAACGUAACUUUGUCACCGGUAAGUGCACCAUCAAGCCAUGGUUGAGAAUUCACGACCCAGCUUAUGAUAUCAAACCGCUGCUUAGUAGGAUGCGUUGUUUGGAAGCCCUGUGGAGUAGGUUUCACACAAUGCUUACAAAAGAAACUGGGUAUAGUUUGGAUGCUUCUCGGGGUAUGAUCACACGGAGCUAUCGGAGGCGUUGGAUUCAGUUGAGCUUUCUCCAACUUUGCACCUUAUCAGCUGCUUGCCUUUUUUGUUCUUGGGGAGACCAACUUGAAGAACCGAUUAGUCCGGAAUUAUUUUCUGAGCCAGAUGAUGAUCUAAUGACGAGCCCUCAAUCGCAAAGAAGGCGUGGUUGGUCCAAUUGGCGCCGUAUAGAGACAAAAUCUAUUUUCAACACGACCAUGCAUUCCUUGAUGGAAUUGACUCAUACAACGAAGAAAAAAGUCGAGGAACUAUACGGCACAGAAUCUACUUUUGGCGAGGCCAUGCAUCUUUGGAUGGAAUUAAUUCACACAAUAAAGAAAAAAUUCGAGGAACAUGAACGUACACUUUUAGCAACAAUGAAACAAGCUUUGAGCCUGCUUCAAGCAAUGCCCGAUUUGUCCGAUAGUGUUUUCAAAAUAGCUUUAAAGAAUCUUCACGAUCCGAUGUCCUGUGAGAUGUUUACGUUGAUGAAAAAUGAUGCAAAACGUCGGCUACUUCUUGAGGUGUGGGUGGAGGACAGCUUGGCUAAUGAUUGAAGCUUCAUUCAGAAUUGGAAAAAAUAUUACUCAAUAUAGUAAACACUUUAGGCGGGAAACCAAAUGUUUUUUUUUUUUUUU